AUGACACGGCCAUGUCUGCCUCUGCUGCGACACGUCGCCAGAAGAUGCUUCUCUCAGUCGCCCGCCCGCCGUGAGCUUCGCGACAUUGCUGCUCUGCCAGACCGCAUCCGCCCUUCCUAUCAAGAGACAAAACACCAAGAUCUUCUAUCGCUGCAAUGGCCUCAGCCACCUCGCAAUAUCCUGAUCGUCCACAAGAGUGGCUCCGACGUCGUUGCUGAAGCCGUCCACGAAUACGCCAAUCACAUCCAUUCGACCUACCCUGACGUCUCGCUCGUUUUCGAACCCCAAGUCGCCAAAGAGAUCCAUACCGACUUCUCCUUCCCCAUCUAUACCACCAAAGACGAGUCAAAACAUGUCCGUCUGCAGGACAAGGUCGACCUGACCUCCACCCUUGGCGGUGACGGCACCAUCCUCCACGCCUCGUCCCUCUUCGCGAAUGCCCGAAACGUCCCUCCCAUUCUUUCCUUUAGCAUGGGCACUCUAGGCUUUCUUGGAGAAUGGAAGUUCUCCGACUACAAGCGUGCGCUUCGUGAAGUCUACAUGUCAGGCGCUUCGCCAGGCUACGGUAGUGCUCUUCUGGAAACAGAGUCUGGUCAACAAAAAGACGUCCUGUCAGGCUGGAGUUCUGUCCGCGGCAUGUCUAUGGGCCCAUCGCGCUCCUCUCGCGUGCUUCUCAGGAACAGAUUGAAGGUUGGUGUCUUUGCCGCAGACGGCACCCCCAUCACCCACGCCGAUCCUUCCGCGCCCAUGUGCUCAACGGACUGUGAAGCAAACAACAACUGCGAUGUCUUUGCCAUGAACGAGGUCCUGCUCCACCGCGGUCGUACACCUCAUCUCAGCAUAAUCAACAUCUAUGUUGGUGGUCGCUUCUUGACCGAAGCUGUAGCUGAUGGCCUCUUGAUUAGCACACCCACUGGAUCAACAGCUUACUCUUUAUCCUCAGGCGGCAGUAUCGUUCACCCUCUGGUUUCAUCUCUACUUCUCACUCCUAUCUGUCCUCGAAGUCUCUCCUUCCGACCUCUUGUCCUCCCGUCAAACACACCCAUAACGCUUCGGCUGUCACCCAAAAAUCGCAGCGAUGAGAUUGAGUUAUCUGUCGACGGUGUACGUAGGGAGAAGGGCUUGACAAGAGGCAUGGAAGUCAGAGUUGUCGGAGAAGAAGUAAGGAGCGAAGAAAGGACUUGGGGCGGUGGUGGUGUGCCGUCCAUUGUCAGGACCGGAGGGACCAAUGGCGCCGAAGGCCAUGAUCAUUGGGUUGGUGGUCUGAACGGUCUACUAAAAUUCAACUUCCCAUUUGGCGAAGAAUAG